AUGCCUUUUCUCGGCCACGACGAUCCCGUCACGCGCGUGCGUGAUCUCGCUGACGACGAGACUUUUGUGCUAUCUGAAUAUGAAGGCCACGCCAGCAAGUGCUCGCGCUGCGUAGAUGCGCUCGACACCUUCCGCGAAGGCCGCUCUCUGUGUGAGCGUGGCCUGCAGUACGCCAGUGACGUUGCCAACUACGUUUUCAGCAGGGACGGCAAGGCCUUCUCUGCUGUCGACAAGGAGCGUGACGAGGUGAUGCUGGUGCGCAUCCCGCGCGGCUUCAAGGCAUCGCGUCGUCUUUUGCUCGCCAUCGAAGAAGGCUUGCGUCUACACAACCGUGACCGACCCGUCAUCAGCUACGACCAGAACUACCUGGUUGAGGCCCGACGCCCCUCGACCACCGAGCCCGUCACUGAGAUCAUCGAGCGUGCCCCGCGCACUCGCCGCCGCGUCAUUGUCUACCCUCGAUCGUCUCCCAACCGUGGCUCUCUCUACGAAACCGACCGCGCUGACCGUCAGGAGCGCCGCCAAUACGUCCGUGUGCGUCGGUGA